CAUGAUUUUUUUAUUCUAAUAAUUUAAAUUCGAAAUCUCUAAUUAAUAAUAUAAGUACCUAUUCAUUCCAUCACAACCUUCGUGAUUGAAAACUUCAAAUAUUCCUAUAUUAUUAGUAGUAAUAAACUCCAAAAUUAUUCCAUGUUCAGACAUUCAACUUCCUUCAAAGUUCAAACCAAAAAAAUAAAAAGAAAAAAUAAUCCAUUUCUUCAAAUACAUCAACCUAUAUAACUAGCACAAGGAAACAAAUAUUUAGCAACACAACAUUCCAUUAUAUCCAAAAGGAAAAAAAAAAGUUUUACAAUACUCUAAAUAAAAGAGCAAAUAAGGAUACCAAAAAAAGAAUGCAACGUUCAUCAUCAUUAGUUUCCAACUUAUUGCAACGCCAAUUAGUUCAUCAAAGGCAAAAGAUUAGCAAAAACCAAAUGAUUAACAAAGUGAUUAGAUCACAAUUGCCAUGUGAUGUUUUCAUUAAUCAUAGAGGUAAUGACACAAAGAGAACCAUAGCUUCAUUAUUAUAUGAUCAUUUGACACGUUUAAGGAUUAAUUCCUUUUUAGACAAUAAAAACAUGAAGCCAGGUGACAAAUUAUUUGAGAAAAUUGAUAGUGCAAUUGAAGAAUGCAAAGUUGGUGUUGCUGUAUUUUCACCACGUUAUUGUGAUUCAUAUUUUUGUCUACAUGAAUUGGCUCUAUUUAUGGAAUCAAACAAGAAGGUUAUUCCAAUUUUUUGUGAUGUGAAGCCCUCUGAGCUUCGCAUUGUCAAUAAUAAUAAUAAUAUUUCGUUUGGACCAACAGAAAUCGAGAGGUUUAAUUUAGCACUUGAAGAGGCGAAACACACCGUUGGACUUGAUUUCGAUUCUAACAAAGGGAACUUGUCGGAUGUGGUGACAAAAGCUGCUGAUGUUGUCAUUGAGAGCUUGUUUGAGAUUGAGGAAGCUGAACUAAUCAGAAAUUCGAUUAAAUUAAUUAGUUAAUUAAUUAAACACAUCAUAAUCAUACCAUUUCAAAAAAUAAAAAUAAAAAAUAAAAAUAAAGGCAAGUUAACAUGAAAUAAUCAGUUUAAUAUGUUUCAAGUGAACUAUUCAUCUUGUUCUUUGCGGUAUAACAAGCAGAUAUAUAUCAAUUUUUUGUUGUAUAUAAGUAACAUGUCCAAAGUAGCCCCUCCUUCGAUCCUCGCACAUAUCAGAAGUUUUCUUGUACUGAGGUUUUUUUUUCUAACAUGUCCAACUUGUUGUAAGUAUAAUUUCCAUUGAUCCUAUGUGACGGGGAGGCUGAAUUAACUAUGUGGUCAUUAUUUAUUUAUUAUUGUUACCAAGUUUGUUCAAGUGUAAAGUUCAUUCAAUAAAAUUCUUAUUAAUGUUAAUUUCUUUAUGUCCUUUACCUUUUUUUUUUAUCAAAUUAGUGCAAAAUCGAUUUUAUAUAUUUUCCCCAUUUGUAAAACUAUGAAAAGCAAAUUGUUAAUAGUGAGAAAUAAAUGAUAAUUUU